UUCACCUUUCUCUCGUUGAUGAUUCUGAACAAGUCAUUUGGAAUUGAUGGAACAAACCAUUUCAUUUGCCAAAAGAUGGAUGGGGCGUUGGUAUCGGAAAGUCAAGUUGGCAGUAGCGAUAUUUCGAGUAACCCUACAAUACAGCAUAUUCAAGGGAGGCCAGGGAAAAGAGGAAUACAAGGAAUGAAAGGAGAGAUAGGACCACCGGGAAAUGUGAAUUACGAAACUAUCGAUUUGAAAUUGGAAAACAAAGUUAAUCAAAAAGUGCAAGAAUCAAUGACAGAAUAUGGCUCAACAGUUGCGGAAUUACAAGAAGAAGUUAGAAAUCUAAAACAUCGACAAGAUUUGUGCAAGGUGUUCUACGGUGGCAAAUGUUUCUGGCUUGCUUAUCCUAGUCGGGGUUAUGCCCCGUAUUAUCUAAUUGACGAACUUUGUGCCCAAGAAGGUGGAACGCCGGCAAACAUCUAUGGAAGAAAUCAUUUUGAAGAGAUAGAUACAUUAGCGUACUCCUUCGCCCCGCGUAAAACAUUUUUCACUGGAAUGACCAUUAAUUCGAACAAAAUCGUGACAAUGAAUAAUGGAAUUGAAGCAAGUUGGACUGUUGGAGAUAUGAAAUGGAAUCCCGGGCACCCGUCUAACCAUGCCGAGUGGACUGUACUUGCUAUAUACACUGUCCGUGCUCCAGGUGCUUCACAAGGAAUGCACAGCUGGUCUAAAAAUAGUCAUGCGCAUGGAGUCAUUUGUGAAAAGUAAUCAUGAAAAUUCGUGAAAACUACUGAUAAUUGAAUGAACCUAAAGGUAUUCAACAGCUACAAGAAGAAUGAAGUCAAACUUUACAAUUGGGGUUUUCAUGCAUAAAAUGAAAUAUAGAAAUAACAGAUUAACUUUAUGUUUAUAUGUAUCAUAUAUCAUCGUAAUAAAAUUGUAUCACCAGUACUUAUUUUGAUGUAUUUAAUAACUUUCGAUACA